GUGUGGCUGGACCUGGAGAUGCAGAAAUUACGGAUUGGCUUAACGAAGCGUCAGUACCAGACUCUGGUGCGGUUGGGUGAGGGCUUGGAUCAGGCGCGGAAGGCCGCGCCGUACCGGAAGUACCGGCCGAAUUUGACGUCGUAUCGCGGUCACUACAAGGAGUGGUGGCACUUCGCGUACACCUGCGUCCUCGAGGAGACCGUGCGACGGUGCCGUCGCAACUGGAACUGGGACCACAUGAAGCUGCACCGCGACACCUGCCGCGCCUACGCCGAGGCCUAUCAGACGAAGCUGACGGCGAGGAAGCUGGCGAAAGAUAUCAACGAACGACUGACGGACUGCGAGACGAAGCUGGACAUCUUCAACCUGGUCAUAAUCCGGCAGCAGAUCGAGAUGGAGGUGGAGAGACUGGCGGAGCGGGAGAAGAGCCUGAAGGCGCAGCGUGGCUGGUUCGGUUUCCUGUGGAACAGCUCGCAGGUCGAGGAGACGAAGGAUCUCAACUCGGCCGCGGCCAUCAUGCGCCGAUUCGAGGAGGCGAUGACGCCGCAGGAGAAGGAGAAGCUCUACCGGGCGAUCGACUAUCAGGAGAACAGCGCGCCCGCGCAUUUCCCGGAGACGUUCGAGAUGAUGGACACGCGUUUCCUCCUGCACGGUCUGCAGAUCUCUCUGCUGGACACGGACAAGGAGCACCCGUGCAUCCUGGACCUGCAGCUGCACGGCGUGCGGGCGGGCUUCAAGUCGCGGCCGUCCGCGAACGCGAUCCUCGUCACCGCCUCUAUCAGCGACAUGAAGCUGCUGGGCGCGACGCAGCGCGGCCGCGUGCCCUCGCUCUUCAAUCCGGAACGCGGCAGCUCCGACAGCGCCCUGCUGUCGGUCUCCUACGAGAAGAAUCCACUCGACCGGCUGUGCGGCGAUCGUGUGAUCGUCAAGUCCCGCUCCGUCGACAUCAUCUACGACGCGCAAACCAUCAUAGAGCUGGUCAACAUGUUCAAGGUGCAAGACUCUUCGACGCUAAGCCAACUGCAAAUGGCCGCGGCGGAGCAGUUUGAGGGCCUUAAGGAGAUGUCGGCGCUCGGCUUGGAGUACGCCAUAGAGAAGCAUUCGGUGUUGGACAUACAAGUGGAUAUGCAGGCGUCGCAGCUCAUCAUACCGCACGGCGGCUUCUACGAGGACUCGAAGGCGCUGAUCGUCGUGAAUCUGGGCAGUCUGAAGAUGCAUUCCCUGGAGAAGGGCAAGAGCGACACGGCUGGCGCUAGCGUUAGGCAGCUGGUUAGCAUGGGCAAGAGCGAGGAGGAAGUAAUGCUGUACCUGAGGGAGCACAGCUACGACAAAUUCGCUUUGAAAAUAGUCAACUUUCAG